AUGCAGACGGGCAAUAUCCUACAGAUCCCCUUUCGUCGCACGCAAUCUCUCCACUUGGCCUCUGCUAUCAAGGAAUACAUCUCCUCCAAGUACGACCAGCACCCAGACACGUUCGCUAGAGAUCUAGAGGCUAUCGAUCAAUUGCGAAAAGAUGCCGUCAAUUCGGUGGAAGCCCACACCAGUGGGGUCCGUAAACUACAGACUUAUGCCGCUCAGCUCGUAUGGAUGGGAGGCAAGUUCCCGGUCGACAUCGGUGCCGACUUUACAUGGUAUCCCUCGAUAGGAUAUUACACGAACCGAGCGCAUACGGAGAACAACAUUCGGUUUGAGCUCGCCAAUGUACUCUUCAAUCUUGGCGCCAUGUACUCUCAGCUGGGCGUCUCCUGUAACCGCGCGACCGUCGAUGGCCUCAAGACUGCAGCAAACAACUUCUGCCUCGCCGCAGGUGUGUUCGACUACCUGAAUUCAACAGUCAUCCCCGAGAUGCGGAGUAGCCCUCCGGAAGAGAUGGAUGCGGCGACGUUGGAGGCGCUCAAGGCCUUGAUGCUGGCACAAGCGCAGGAGUGCUUCUGGGCUAAAGCUCUAAAGGACAACAUGCGCGACACGAUUGUAGCCAAGCUCGCCAUCAAGACGAGUGAUCUAUACGGAGAAGCUGGAGAGUGGUCGGUGAAGAGCGAGAGCAUCAGGAGCGAAUGGAUCCACCACGUCAAUGCCAAACACUAUCAUUUUGCUGGAGCCGCACAAUAUCGAGCAGCGUUAGAAGCGCUCGAGAAGCAGAAGUACGGAGAGGAAGUUGCGAGGUUGCGGGACGCUGUCAAUUGCGCAAACUCCGGCCUUAAAGUCAGAACAAUCAAUUCCCAGGUGCAAAGCGAUCUGUCUGGUCUUCGAGACCGAGCAGCGGCCUACCUCAAGACUGCUGAGACUGACAACGAUAAAAUCUAUCUGCAAAUUGAGCCAUCGAAGAACGAGCUUCCUGAGCUAGGACGUGCAUCUAUGGUGUCCGUGAAGGUUCCGAAAGAGGUCUCAGACUCUCAGAAUAUGCUCGGCGAUCAUGGCGAGCUGGGCCGGCCACUGUUCACCAAGCUGGUGCCCUACAGCGUCCACGUGGCGGCUUCAAUUUAUGCAGAUCGACGGGACUCGCUGGUCAAGAACAAUGUCAUCGCGGAGCUUGAAGCAUUGACAGCCAAGAUACACGAAGUGCUUUCGAGCUUGAACCUUCCCGGAUCGCUUCAAGCACUAGAGAAACCACUUGGCUUGCCUCCUGGACUGGCGAGUCAUGCAGAAGAAGUGCGACAAGCCAAUGGCGUGCAGAGACUCCAUUCCAUGAUUGCAGACACCGAGAAAGUCAAAGCGAACAAUCGCAUAACUUAUCAAGAGGGGGUCGAAUUACUUCAGACUGAAGCUAAUGAGGACGAAGCGGCUCGACGAAAGUAUGGGACAACACAAUGGACUCGAGCAACUGGAGAUGCCGUGGUACCAAAGCUGUAUGGCCAAGUGAAAGACAUCGAAGGUUACCUCCAGCAAGCGGAUGACCUUGACAACAAGGUGCAGAAGAAACUGCGCGGGAGCGACAACCUAAUUCGCUUGCUUAGUGGCAGCGAUCGUGAUCUUGAAGAUUAUGUUCCUUCAAGUCGUCGGGCGACCAUGACCGCACGAGUGGAACGCGAGGCGAAUGCACUGCGAGCCCAGCUCAACGAGAUCUCACGCGUGGAAGUUCGAAGACGGAAGAAGAUCGAAGCACUCAAAGUGAAAGCCAAAGAAGACGACAUCAACCCUGAUCUCCUUCUUGAGGCUGCCCGGCUCGAGCGUGAAUUUCCAAUGCAACCUGUGCAAGCGUCACAAUUCGAUGGCCUUUUUGACAAACGUCUUUCGAAAUAUGAUUCGGAUCGCGCAGACGUCAAGCGCGAGGCCAGCGAGCAAGACUCUCUCCUUCAGCGUGUCGCAGAAGCAAACGCAUCGUUCCAGAGCGUCAAGCGCAGCGACACAUCGACCUCCACCUCGGCACGCGAGACCGCACUGCAAAACCUCGAAAAUGCCUACACGACAUACAAGCAGAUCCAACGAGAUCUCGAGCACGGCCGGAAGUUCUACAACGACCUGGCGGCCGUGACGACGCGUUUCCGCGACGAAUGCCGGGCGUUCGUCUACUCGCGGCGCAGCGAAGGCCAGGCCCGGGAGACGGAACUCGAAACCUCGAUGGCGGACCUUCAGAUCCGCGAGAGCACCCACCGGGAUCUCCGACGGGCGAAGGAGAACCACCAACCGCACAUCCCGCAGCAGUCGAAACCACCGCCACAUAACCAGCCACUGCCAGCACCCACGCCGCAGCGCCUCGUGCAACAAGCCCCGCCCGGCGUAACGAACAUCCAGAGUCCGGCGCCGGCACUUCCCCCGCAGCAGCAGCAGCCGGUGAGAACGACGUGGCAGGAGGGCAUGCCGAUCGUGUUCGAUAACGGCGGCGCAAGUGCCGCCAAGGGGCCGGUAGACGGACGAUGGGACGGUAGCAAAGGGAUCCAAUUCACGAGGAAGAGCUGA